UGUUGAAAAAACAAUUUAUAGCCUGAAAUGACCCUGCGUGAGUAAUUACGUUACAAAAAUCCUUGUGAGUACUUAUGAAUUAAAACUAAAAUUUUGAAUUUUUUUUUUUAUGUUGGACUAUAUUACCAUUCUUGUUUUUAAUCCAUUAUGCAGUGUCCUUACAUGUUUAUAAAUAAUAUUCAUGUGAUUGUGUGUAAUAGAUAUGUCAAAUUUGAGUCUAGAAUUUUGAAGAAUAAUAUAAUCGUUAUGUUAAAUGUUAAAACAGCUCACAAUCUUUAUUUUACUUUAAUUAUGUUAUGAAACUCAUAAAAACCUUUUUUUUUAAUUAAAAGAAAUUCGAAAGUAAAGCAAUUUCAAAUUUUAUCAAAAAUAGCGAUAAUAUGGAAAAUCGCAUUUCCAAACCUAAUUAAUUUUUUCUUGUUUUAAAACUCGUGAUUAAUUUUUAGUUUUGAAGCAUCCUAUGUAUUUCGAAUUUGACAUCGAUAAAAAAAUCACAGCGAAAUCCAUAGUAAAAUGAAUCUAUUGCGAAUAUAACACUAAUAGCCAAUUUGACUGGGCGCUCUGGUGCAUAUUAAAGCCAUCAUACAUGUACUAAACACAAGAUAAUGGUACCUAUGUCAUUUUUAUACUUAUAUUAAAUUAGUAUACAACGGUUUUAUGUACAACACUGUACUAGUGCGGUUCACACGAAUUCGCUGUAUGAUUGGUUUUUAAUCGUUGUUACCAUCCACUGCUAUCAUUGCUAUCACUGCUGCUGUUGCCGCCGCUGCCGUCGUCGAAACAAGUUGCAAACUUGGAAACAGUCUACUUGUUCCGUGUGCGCGCGCUCAGACGCUUGCACGUUCGUUCACUCGAAGAAGGAAGGUACGCUUGCUAUUAACGAUGCCAAAAACAUCAGCACCAGCGCUUCGAGUGAGCGAACGAGUGCCGCUGUGGCGUGCUGUACCGCAUCUGCGAAUACGAACGCCUCUUCCUCUCGGCGUCGGUGCUUUUGUAGUGUCGGUGCUUCGAUUUUUCCGUUUCCAUUUCGUUUUCGCGAGUCUAAUGUCGUGACGUGAGCCUCACAUACGCGUUCUACCGUGGUCGCGCUUCUACCUGAAAUCCAAGUCGAGGAAGUCCGAGUCCGGAUUUCGCGUCAGCGAGCCAGUGAACGCGCUAUCGGCACUGCGCAGGUUAAACCGGCGCAUUUCAAGGAAACUGUGUUCACACUGAGGCGUGAUGCAUUGGAGAUUUGGCAGUUUUUAUCCGAAGACCGAUCAGAAGUUAGUGUUGCAAAAGCAGUUUGUGUGACAAAGCAUAAAAGACAACAAGAGUGUUAAAACAACGUUGUACCAGUUGGACUAAAAGAAGCACUUCUGUUGUGAGUGUCUUCAUCAAAAUAGAUUUUGUUGUCUUAUACUGUUGUCGGAGCAGAAGGGGGAGGGGAGCGGUCAUAAUUUUUCUUUGUAGUGACACUGAGAGCGCACAGUGAAAACAAUAAAAAUAGGGGGGCGGUCUGCUGACCGAUGGACAAACGGAAGAUGAUGCCCAAACGCCCUCGUAUGGAGAACUUGAGGGGUCCGAUUGCCAAUGGACCAAUUCAAACACGGCCACUGGUUGCACUUCUUGACGGCCGUGAUUGUUCUAUCGAAAUGCCAAUCCUCAAAGACGUUGCAACUGUUGCUUUUUGCGAUGCACAAUCCACCUCAGAAAUACAUGAAAAGGUAUUAAAUGAAGCAGUGGGUGCAUUGAUGUGGCAUACGAUAAUUCUGACGAAGGAGGAUUUGGAAAAAUUUAAAACUCUUCGAAUCAUCGUUCGGAUUGGUUCUGGUGUAGAUAACAUCGACGUCAAGGCAGCUGGGGAACUUGGCAUUGCGGUGUGUAAUGUGCCUGGCUAUGGGGUUGAAGAAGUAGCUGACACUACUCUUUGCCUCAUCUUAAAUCUUUAUCGGCGCACUUAUUGGCUUGCUAAUAUGGUGCGUGAAGGCAAGAAGUUUACAGGUCCAGAACAGGUAAGAGAAGCAGCGACUGGUUGUGCAAGGAUACGGGGCGACACGUUGGGUAUUGUCGGCCUUGGUAGAAUUGGUUCUGCUGUUGCGCUGCGUGCCAAAGCUUUUGGCUUCACUGUCAUCUUUUAUGAUCCUUAUUUGCCGGAUGGUAUCGAGAAAUCACUAGGUCUCACCAGGGUUUACACAUUACAGGAUUUGCUGUUUCAGUCAGAUUGUGUAUCUCUACACUGCACCUUAAAUGAACACAAUCAUCAUUUAAUAAAUGAAUAUACUAUUAAACAGAUGAGACCGGGAGCAUUUUUAGUCAAUACAGCGCGAGGUGGUUUAGUGGAUGACGACGCGCUAGCCGCGGCGCUCAAACAGGGUAGAAUCCGCGCGGCAGCGCUAGAUGUCCACGAAAAUGAGCCAUACAACGUCUUUCAGGGUCAGUCUGCGAAUCAGUGUCCAUUGAAAGAUGCACCCAAUCUUUUGUGCACCCCACACGCCGCCUUCUACAGCGACGCGAGUUGCACCGAGUUACGCGAGAUGGCGGCUAGCGAGAUACGACGGGCGAUUGUCGGACGCAUACCCGACUGCCUACGCAACUGCGUGAACAAGGAAUAUUUCCUUUCUUCGACCGGUUGGGUGUUACCAAUGUGCAAUUGGAGAAUAGUGGGAUAUUGCCGUCAACCAACUGUCAGUAGAUGCAUACAAGCUGUGACGAAUGCUAUAAACGAUCUUUUACUUCGACGUUGGGUACAAUUUCCUAUUACCGAUAUAGAACGCUAUGGAAAAGCUAAGGAAAAGUUUAGAACUGCACCUCAACCCUUUAUGGGUGCUAUUGGUGCAAUCUCUGUACUCACAUAAAUAUAUUAGCACCGUGACAACAUGAGGAGGCUUAUGUUAAUCAUUGGGGUAAUCAUACACUCAUCGUUCAAGUGAUUUGCGAUCCCGAGUAAAAAAUCUUAAACGUAAAUGCACGAUAUCCAGGUGCCCGACAUGACGCAUAUAUAUGGUCAAAUUCCUCCAUACGUUGAAUCAUGGAACGACGAUACAACAAUAGAGAGCGCAAUACUUGGCUGAUAGAUAAUGAGGGUUAUGACCUGGAACCAUGGCUAUUCAUGCCUUUAAAACAUGAAGUAGUAGGUACCCCGAGAUAUCAAUAUAAUAAAGAUUUGUGCAGUGCAAGAUAAUGUGUAGAACGUUUGUUUGGUGUAUGGAAAAGUGUUCAGAUGUCUGUCAGCACAAAGGUGCUUAAUGUACAAUCCUGACAUGGCUGGUAAAAUAGUAAAUGCAUGUGCUGUACUGCACAACAUGAGAAUUGCACAUCGCAUACAAGACAUUGAAGUUGAUGAAGAAGAAAUUUUACAUCACGUAAGAAACGGUAGAGCUCUCGGACGGGAUGAAGCUCUCCCAGGGUGAGCAGUUGCAAUGCGUGUACAAGACAAUUUUAUAGCUCGUCAGUACGGUAGAAUAUAAAAUGUGUUUACCCCUUACAUACAUCCAUGGAUAACGAUUUGAGCCAAACUAAUUAAACAAAACCUAAAAUUUUGAUGUAAUUAAAAAAUUAUUUGUAUAAUUAUAAGAAAUGUACUUUAAUUUUCAUACUUUAUAUAAAUAGUUUUACAAAAAACAGACAAUAUAGCAUUUUUAUGGCUUAUUCUAUCAAAUACAAUUGCAAUAAUAUCACUAAUCCGUUUUUCUGCUUUGAGAAUUGCAAUUCUUAUACUUUUAUAAGAAAAGUUACGAUUAAAACUAAAUAAAACUAAAUAAACUUUCAUUGGUAACUCAUUAUUAUGACUAAGAAAAAACUUUUCUCAUCGCUUAUUAUAUAUAUUUUGUGACGUGACAUUUUUCGUCCGUCACAAGGGCCGGUAUGACCCGACCGGGAAAGAUCAUUUGGGACCGCUCCUGGCCCUGAGCGGGAGAGCGGUCUCUUCUUUUCCGAUCUAUAUUAUAAAUAUUUAUUAAGAUACUUAGGGACCUGCCAAACGGAAGACGCGAUCCGCGGGAGAAGUGGUGUGCCAGAGAGACUCAAUGUAGUGUGGGAACAGCUAAGGGACAACGGAAGCAGUUGCAGGAGCGGCUGAGCGGCGGGACCCCGGACCAUCGUAAAGAACUUUGGCAAGUAUAUCAUCGACAUUAUCGCGGCAGGAAAGGAGAAUCGUGAAACGGCCGCUACCGUAUGUCGCUUUCUUGCAGAAACCGGAAAGGCAAGCCGGAGAGGUGCACUCCUGAGAACGACGCUGGGAAGGAUUAGCGUGCGCCCUCGCAUCCCAGAAGCCGAAUGGAGGAUCCCCGCCGGAACGGUCAACGGCGGUCGAGGCCGACCUUAGGAAGGCCGGGGCCUGGUCAACCCCGAGCCAACCCCGCCAGGAAAGAAAAUUUUGGCAGCAGCCCGUCGGCCCGUGAAGAUUAGCGGCCUUUGAAUUGUGCGGCGUUGUGACUGGAGGCGCCCUCGCCUCGCAGGAGCGUAAGGGAAGGAGCGACACCCUAUCAGCGCGCGAGUCGAUGCGAGGAUCGAUGCGCGAGGACAAUGCGCAGAUCCUAAUCGAUGCCCGCGGUGUUCCCGCUCGCUCACGCCGUCUCACUGCUCGAUAAGACUAUGACUGGAGCGGUUUCACGGCCAUCGACGACGUCACCGUACUUGUAAGGCCACCACUUCGACCACGCGGUAAGGACGGAGGCGGCCGGCCCUGUAUUUCGCGAGAAAUAAUAACGUAAUUGCUCUACCGAGCGUUCGGUAGGAGAGCAAAGAACAGUCGCGGUGUGAAAUUACCGAGAAGAGUCAUCGUAGAGCGGGACCGAGUCGAUUUCUGUCUAUUAGAUCUAAUACUUUCGCCUAUCGUUCCUCCCUCGGGGAAAAUGUCGAGCCGACAGUCCGAUUGUAGACGGCAGAGUAUAGCGACGGGAUAGUACGUAAGACAAUAUUGCCGGGAUUCACUCGCCGUUUAAGCAUACCGAGAGCACGAGCCAUACGCAUUUUACCGAGGCUAGAUCCCGUAGACGAGAGCUUCUAUGAGAGAUAAUUGUAAUGAGUCGAGGAUCUAUCGCGGACGCCGUUAAAGCAAUGCGCGUGAUAUCGAUAAUAUCGAGGCAUAGUUAGAAUUCAAGCGUAGCAUUUAGUGCGGAAUUUUCCUUAUAUUGCGAACAUUAUAUCGAGUACGAAUCAGUCACACAAAAGAACGACGUUUGUUGGCUAUCUUGUAUCCUUCCCACCAAACACCAAGUUACAUGUAACGUUCCUGUUAGUUGUAAAUUCCCACUCAACAAAAAACAAAAAAACAACUAACUAAAUAAAUAAACCACUUUUUCACAGAUAACUAUUAGUAUGACUAUAAGAAAAAAACAUCUUUUUUCAUAUCAUAUUAAUGUAACUUGUCUAAUGAAAUUGAAAGAAUCUUGGUCAUCUA